AUGGGUAUUAUUUAAUUUAUAAUGGGAUAAGCAUGCUGUUAAAAAUUGAAUUAUCUUCCGAGCAUAGGCUAACAACCAGAACCAUUAUAUACUCAAACCUAUAAUGAUGUACUCUAUAAAUUUAAGAUACCCUAAGGCUCAAUUUUUGACUCCUGAACAAACAUUACCAAAUGUCAUCUCGAAUGCAUCAUUCUUAUUCAAUUUUAAUAAUUAAACUCAUACUCUAGAUUUAGGCUUUGGUAGUAAUGUCUUUUUUUGUGAAUAACCUCCUUAAAUAGAGAAUGAAAUUGUAUUGUUCACAUUAUCAAGUCAUGGUAAAUAUAAGUUGCCAAAAGAACUAAAUCUUAUAGAUGUUACAUUCUAUCCACCUAUUGUAAUAUUUUUAUUAACCUUCAAGCAAUAUAAGAGAACCGAUAUUGUUUAUGUUGGAGGUUGGAAAAAUUAUUAGCGAAAUGGAUAUGGAUUACAAUAUUGGCCUACAGGAGCUUUUUAUGAGGGGGAAUGGAAGGACGAUAAGGCUAAUGGGUAAGGAAGAUUGAUCCACUCUGAUGGAGAUAUGUAUGAAGGGGAAUGGAAGGAUGACAAAGCAGAUGGCAAAGGAACUUAUUAUCACUUUGAUGGGGUUGAGUAUACUGGUGAUUGGUUAGACGAUCUACCUCAUGGCUAAGGAAAGGAGGAAUGGCGUGAUGGAACUGAGUAUGAAGGAAGUUUUAGUUAUGGAAAAAAAGUUGGAAAAGGUACAUACAAGUUUGCUGAUGGUGGUGUGUAUGUAGGCGAUUUUCAAAACAAUUAGAUGUAAGGAAAAGGUGUCUAUACAUGGCCAGAUAAGAAAGUUUAUGAUGGCUAAUGGGUCUAAGGGAAAAUGGAAGGCAAAGGAAGUCUAAUUUGGCCGGAUGGUAAAAAAUAUGUAGGUAAUAUAAACAAACGAUUUUUAAAGGGCAAUAUGUUAAUGGUAGAAAAGAAGGGUAGGGAACUUUGAAUUUAGGGGAUGGUACUCAAUACAUAGGGUAUUGGAAAGAUGGAUAAAUGCAUGGUUUGGGGACAUUUUAAGGCAAAAAUGGAAUUUAAUCAGGAGAAUGGUAUGAAGGCAAACUAAAAGUAGAAUCACAACAACUUUGA